AGGCACUCCCUCAAUCACACUGAAGUGGAUUCAGCUGAGCAGUUGGGAGCCUACAGCUGAGUGGGGCUGGGCUCCUUGCUCCAUGCAUCUGAAUUCCACAUGUAAAUGAAUCUAAUGAUUAUUGUACAGCAAAGGCACUGCAUCUUAAUAGGCUUUAACACAGGACAGCCAUACUCCCAUUUGAUCUCCCAGUAAACAAGGGUGCAAGAUGGAGAACAGUGACUCCUGCUUCUCGGUUUGCCGAGCUCAACAUGUUCUGUUUUCAAAAAGCACAACUUAUCUAGCAAAAAUAGCAGUGAUUCUGCAAGAUGCCCCAGACAAAAUGCUCACAUUUAGUCAGUUGAUUUAUAGAGUUGCACCACUGAUCCCUGAAGAUAAAAAAUCUGUCGAAGGCAACAUUAGAGUCUGUCUUUCCAGUAACAAGUGUUUUGUUAAGGUCCCACUGACUCCUGGGUCCCAGAACAGUAAAAAGAACUACUGGAAACUGGACACAAAGCAGAUCACAGAGAAGAUGGUGCGCCGUCACUUCAGACUGAUCCUGGAGUUCUUCCCCGAGUUGGCCUCAAAACUCCAAAUUCAAAUUCAACCACCAGAGAAGAGGAUUUCAGUCUCAUCAUUUGAAGAUGCCUGCAAAGUCAAAUGUAAAGUCAAGUUUAGCAGUCCUUUUUCUAUUGAAUCUAUUCUACGGAGGGAGAGUCCACGUGCCAGGACCCCCACACCUUCUCCUCUGUCCACUGUCACAUUCAGAGCAGAGCAGCAAUCUGGACUGUCUCACAUUGGGUUAAAAAGAACCUUCAACUGUGAAACAGAUGAGCUUGACCGUGCAUUUGAACCUUCCCCCAUGUGGCCGGUAAGGGGCAGCACACCCCACGGACUCUGUUUACCUAGAGCUGCAAAAAUCAUCAAGAGGAAUCACGAGAGCAAUGAGCCCACAUUCGCCAUGAACAUCAGCAGAGCCGGCUCUGGUCCCUAUUUCAGCAGCCCUCACAGCAUCCACAACACUUACUCUGCACCAAUUCUCUGCCACGAUGCCCACCGAUACAGACUAUGACAGUAGGCCACUUAUAACACAAAGUUUGCACUAUUUUUGUCUAUAAUUUAGCCUGUCUCACCAGUUUUGUUUUUUUGUUUUUUGUUUGUGUGGAAGCUGCCCGACUGGUGAUUAAUAGAAAACCUCAAGCCUAAAAAGGCCACUCCCUACGAGUUUUUAUUUUUGUUUAUUUUUGUUAGGUUUUUAUUUUUGUUGUGACAGGAAAGAGUUAUAGACCUACCCCCUUACGGUAGCGUUUACAUGUGUUUUUGUAUUGUACUAUUUGUUUUACAUAUGUUUAGAAUUGUUUUUAGAUAUGAGUUCAAAGACUGAACAUUUUGCUGUCUCGUAUAAAGUGUGAAAUGAUGCGAUGUAUCCAUGCUCUUUUUGUAAUCUAAAUCCAGACUAGAGUUGACUGACCACUGUGGCAGAUUGUCUGUUUGCUCUUCUCCAGAGCUACAAUGUCCACUGCCUUCACGUUAACCCCAGACUCAGAUUACUGUAAAUUUACGAUACAGCAAUUUUGCAUUUGUUAAGAAGCCUACUGUAUUUUUUAUAAUUUUAUAUGUGAAUAUUUGUAGAAUUUUCUAGGCUCCGAACUAAGAUGAGCUGUUCAGCCUUUGCCAUCAGAUGCCCACUCUCUCCCUGUGUGGGAUUACUGCUGGACGACCUAGAUUGCUAUUCCAACCCUCCUGCCCUGUAUUUUUCUCUCUGGUUCCCUCCCUCUAUCAGAUAGUCAACAGAUUACACACUGAGCAAACCGCCACACAGCUGCAGAGCAUGUGACAUGCUGGGGAAAGACACAAAAGCAUUUAUCUCUUGUUUCUUGAAUUCCUGUGGAUUUUUGUGGCUCUUCACUAGUGGCACAGUAGCCCCACUGACCUUUGUUGGACACUAUCGACUGUUUAAUGAAAUGUGUGAUUAAGACCUAUAAUGGAAGUCACCCAGAGUCAGGAAGUUCAUGAUGUUGGAAUCACACUGCGUAUGCUGUCUGGAGAAUACGCAGCGUGUGCACCAGUAAGCCUGCCCAGUUUAGAAAUGGGCUACAGACAAUUCAUGCAGAUUAGUAUUACCAAUUGAUCAUAUUGCUUAUUUUAUCUUUAACUCGUCAGACACCCACGUAUUUACUUUUGUUUAUUGCAACCAGCCAUUAAAACACAAUUUUCACGUAGCCAUCAAAAGAAUUCCACAUGUUUGAUGCGCUCCAUGAUCCCAGCAUACCAGUAACGACAAAAUAAAGUGCGUGCAGAUACAUAAACCCAAUCCAACCAAAUGCCACUUUCAACAGUGCCAGGUUGGGACUUGUAGGAUACUUGUGGCUACACGCGCGUCCUAAAGGUGUGGCCUGUCUGUCGUUCAUGUUGUCACGUUUACAUCCGGCGUGCUCUAGUCACGUCUCUCUCGUCCGCUAAAUCUUGACCACGCCCACCCAUGCUUCAUAUUCGUUUUAUACAUGCCUUUCGCAUAUUUCCUUCAUUACUUUGAAUUCAACACACAUUUUUCAUUACUGAACCAAAAAUAGCUUUAAUGUAAUUUGGUAAUAUAAGUUGAUUAAAAAAAUAAAAAUUUCCUUUUUGUACAGUGUGCAAAUGACCUUUGGAUUUCAUAGUAGUUUUACUGCAUGAGAACAGUUUGUUUGUCUGCUUCACAAAGGAGGUUAUUAACAAAAGUGAUAUCCAGUCCCCCACCAAUAGGCCUGGUCUAUUGAUCAUUAACAGUCACCCUGUAAAUUAACCAGCCAUCACGGGGUUGUUUUAUGUCCCACUUUUCACAGAGACUUUUAAUCAUUGAUUUUAAUAUGUUAUACUAUUGUAACCUUUUUCAGAACGUUUUUAAAUGUGCAAGUCAAUGUUGGUCAGUCCUAUUUUUAUUCACAGUUAACUUUGGGAUACUUUUUAUCUUUUGGGACUCCUCAUCCCAAGCACUCAACAGCUGUUUCCCCUGUUUGGAGGUGUUUGUUGUUUUGACUGCAAUUUGUUCCUGAAUAAGAACGAGUGAAAAUAGAGGCCUCCCUGCUUCACAGCAGGAGCUGAAAUACAGUAGUACAUAUUACUUAAUGGUGGAAAAUAUUACUUUGAAAGAGAUACAUGGUUUUGAAUUGAAAUUACAGACAAAAUUAGAUGGAAGUAAUAAGGACACUAAAAUACAUUUAUCUCAGACUGUAAAAAAAAUAAUAAAAUAAAAUAAAAUAGAAAGAAUGUGAUUUCAGUAGGCCUAAAAAACACUGAUAAAUAGGUUAUGUCUUGAGUUGCCUUGGCCAUCAGCUUAUGUCAUCCCGACCUUGUGUGUGCAUGGACAUUUACUGAUGAAAUGCAAUGUACCUGCUGCUGGAAAAAAUAUAUAUUUUCUGUAAUUUAGUGAGACAAUAAUUAGUUUCACAUGGCAGUGUUGCGUUACUGAGGCCUCACAAAUUAGUUCUGUGGUUAACCUGAUGAACAGUGACCGUGGAUCUGAGGGGAUUAGGUAAGAUGUCUGUUUACACUGUAAACUUAUGUAACAGUUAGAUUCUGGUGCACACACGGUGUCAUGCAGUGUUUGCUCCAUCUAUGUCUAAACAUGAUUUGUUGCCGUG